AUCGCUCACGCGAACAUGGUGAACAUUCCUAAGACCCGACGGACAUUCUGCAAGAAAUGUGGCAAGCACCAGCCCCACAAAGUGACACAGCACAAGAAGGGCAAAGAUUCUUUGUAUGCCCAGGGGAAGCGGCGUGAUGACAGGAAACAGAGUGGCUCUGGUGGGCAGACUAAGCCUAUUUUCCACAAAAAGCCUAAAAGUACAAAGAAGAUCGUGCUGAGACUUGAGCAUGUUGAGCCCAGCCGCAGAUCGAGGAGAAAGCAGGCUCUUAAGAGAUGCAAGCAUUUUGAACUGGGUGGCGAUAAGACGAGAAAGGGCCAAGUGAUCCAGUUCUAAGGCGAUUCGGUUACGAAGACAAUAAGAUCAUGAGCCUUUGUUCACCUCACUUGAUUGCAGUUGGCCUUUU